UUUUCGUUGUUGAUUACUCUCCCCUGAGCUAGGUAGGGCCUUGUUUGAUGGUAGUUUGGAGUGCGUUAUAUUCCGUUGCCUCAUCCUUUUUUCAUUAGUAGAAUUGUAUCACUUUCGUAAACCAUGGCAGACGAUGAAUUGGAGGCAAUUCGGCGGCGAAGAAUGGCAGAACUACAGGCAAAGCAAGGGGGUGCUUCAAAUAAUCAGCAAGCAGAGGAGGCCAAACAAAGAGAAACGGAGAUGAGAAACUCUAUAUUGGCUCAAGUUCUUGACCAGUCUGCCCGUGCCAGAUUGAGCAGUCUUGCUCUGGUGAAGCCAGAGAAGGCCAAUGCAGUUCAAAACUAUCUCAUUCAAAUGGCUCAAUUUGGAAAGUUAUCAGGAAAGAUUUCUGAGUCGGGUUUGAUCGAGAUUCUAAAAAGUCAGCAAACAGAAAAGAAGACAACUGUCACAUUCAACAGACAGAGGGUGAUGGACUCAGAUGAUGAGGAUGAUUAGAAACUUUAAACCGGAGCCCUGGAAUGAGCCAAGACGUCGGGAGAGGAUAUGCUUUACUGGGACUCUGAUAGCAUCUUUGACUAGCCAAAUCCUGGGAUGCCACACACUAGCUUCUGUGUGUCUCUGGAAACUACAUACCAAGAGGGAAGAAGAACAAAGUAGAGUUGAUUCUGUGGCAUAAGUGGCAGGGAGUAAAAUACACACAGUGUCAAAUAAGGUGUUGUUCUGCUACGAAUGUGCACUGCUUCUGUUGUACCCCUGACUGCUCAUGGCACUGUUUGACUCCUCUCUUCUUUCUCAGUCAUUAUUCUGUUUUCUUUGUUUUCACCAUUGGUUAACUUCAAUUCUUCAAACACAAGAAGCUAGAUGAAAUGCUACUGGUACAUUUUAUCUAGACUGUUGUGUGAAUACAGUACAUUAUUGUCUGUUCAGGGCCAGCAUACCAUUAGGCUUGGAUGUUGCACUUGCAUACUUUCUUUUUGCUGACAUGUAUCUGAAAGGUUUACAUUAAAAUAAAAAAAGCCUUAAAUUCAAAUAUUCUAGUGAAAUCUUUCUAAAAGUAUCUUCUGAAAAGUUUUUCCUAUUUCAAGUUUUUACACAAAGUAUGUUCAGUUGGGUCAGGGCGCACAACUGCCGCAGUAGUGACUAUGCUCAACGCCGGAACAGGAGGCUUUGCAGCGUCAUCACACAGUAUCCUCACCACCAUACAAAGAGUUGACUGAAGAGUUUAUGUUACUUAAUUGAUCAUUCACAUUUUUCUGAACAAGCAAUCUCAUAUUUUGGAUUGUAUUUUAGAAACAAGUUAACAGAUUCCCAAAUGUAUCU